GGGGCGGCUGGGCGAGCAACCGGCGCUCGGAGAGGCCGCCGCUGCCUUCCCUGCUGCGCACCCUGGGUUGUGGCGGCCUGGUAGCAAUGUGUCCUGGUGCGGGGAGCGGCAGUGCCGAUAAUGGAGGCUCCGAGCUCUGUCAGCACUGGCAGGAGUAAUUCAGCAAGUGAAAGUGAAGAUGAAAUUGAAUUCAUUGGAGAAGGACCUUUAAGGCCUGUACUGGAAUGCAUUGAUCUUGUCAGCAGUGAGGAUGAAGAACCUAACAGCAGCUCUUAUGUUCAUAGCGCUGCCAGACGCAAGGAUGCUGUCGACUACCAGAAGGAGCGCGUCGCGUCCACCUUGGAUCGCCUGGCGCGCCACGUCGAGGUGGAGAAGCAGCAAAAAGAAGAGAGAAACAGGGCCUUUAAGGAGAAAGUGGAUUCCCAGUAUGCUCACGGGCUGCAGGAGCUGGAGUUCAUGCGGGAGCGUGGUGACACGGAGGCUGCACGCUUGUGUGUGGAUCAGUGGUUAAAGAUGCCAGGCCUUAAACCAGGUACUGUUAACAGUGGAAGAAGAGGUGCUCACAGGACAGCAAAUCAGAUGGAAGUUGUGACCAGGUCUGUAUGUUGUCCUGUGAUGCACUGCAACAGAGAAUUUGACAACAGGCAUCUCCUCCUAGGUCACCUUCAAAGGUUUGAUCAUUCCCCUUGUGAUCCGACAGUCACCUUACACGGACCCCCAAAUAAUUCUGUUGCCUGUGUGAUAUGCUGCCAGAGAUUUCCAACCUCUCAGCAGUACAAUGAUCAUCUUUCAUCUAAGCUAAAUGCGAACGAUGGACACAGAGAAGGUCUCCCCCCACAGCACAUUCAUUGCUUUGCUUGCCCAGGCUGCUUCCUGCUGUUCACCAGAAGAGAGGAGUGCUGGCAGCAUAUGUCAGAGAAGAACCAUGCCCUCCAAGCUUCUGACCUGGGUGAUGACAUGAAGGCCGACCUCCCUCUACCUUUCCCAUCAUAUGCAAAGAACCUGCUGAUCUCCCUGUGUAAGGAGGUGCAUUUCCAGGUGAAGUGUCUGUCCUGCUGCAAGGCGCUGCGCUCGCAUAUGGAGCUGACAGCUCACUUCAGAACACGCUGUCAGGAUUCUGGGCCUGUGGCACUGUCCAGGAAGAGCAUCGCCCAAGUGGCAGAGAUAUUUAAAACGAAAGGGUGCUGCGAAAGCUGUAGUAAACUGUUUGCUGACAAGGAUCAGAUCACCCAGCACGAGCAAACCACUCAGCACAAGGUUAAAGUUCUUACCACGGUGGAGGAGGCCGUCUUGAUGUUCUGCCACAUCAAUGGGAAGAAGCAGUCGUACCCGUGCCACGCUGCGGAGCGGUCGAGGCUGCUGCUUAAGAGACAUCCGAGUGCAGAGGAGCCUCCCGGCGAGGCGGGGGCCACUCCUGCCAAGCGGAAGAGCCCUUUCAAGGCUGAAGGUGAAGACCAGGGAGCAAACCAAAGCCAAGGGAAUGCCUGCAAAGUGAGAGCCUGGUUCUGUGAGUGCCUUCAGAAGUUUUUGACGGAAGAGGCCGUGGAGAAGCACAUUCUGUCAGCAAAUAGGAUCUGCCACAAGUGUGCUGUGUGCGGGAAGCUGGCCGAGAGCUCCAGCAUUAUCCGCCUGCACAUGAGCCGCUUCCACGGGGGAGCACACCUGAACAACUUCCUGCUCUGGUGCAGAGCCUGCUCCGUGGACCUGCUGGGAGAGGAGGAUGUUAUGGGGCACAUCACUGAGUGUCAUGGUGGACACACUUACUACUAUGAGCAAGAAGCUUUAGAAGAUGAAGCCCUGCCUGAAGCAGCGUGCACCUCUGCAGGUGGAAGCACAGCCUGCGUCCUCAGCCCCACAGAGCUGUCCCCGGCGGAGAGCCCCUUGCUGGGCAAGUGGCAGUGCCGCGUUUGCGAGGAGCUGUUUGAGAGCGAGGAGAGCGUCCAGCAGCACUGCUGGUCCCUGGAGAGCCACACCUUCCACAGGUACUGCUGCCGCCUCUGCCUCAGCCACUUCCGCAGGGUGGGCACGCUGCAGCGGCACUGCCAGGAGUGCCACGGCCAGGAGGUGCCCGCCAGCUUCUUCUGUGGCCUCUGUGGGAGCCUCUUCUUUGACACAGAGGAAGAAUUUCUUGCCCAUUAUCAGGAGAUCCACAGCAGGGACUACACGUUUGUGCCGGAGCGGGUGGAGGCAUUGAUAAAGGAAGAGGAGAGCUUGGUCCCGGUGGAGAAAGGUUCCCUUCUCACCUGUGGCUGCCAGUCAGCUUACAACUCCAGAGUGAGCAGGAGGAACGAUUCCGUGAGGUGCCAGCAAGCCCUGCUGCAGAGGGGAAACCUCUCCCUCCUCUGCUGCUGCUGCCCUGCAACCAAACGCAGCGUGGCUGGCAUGAACAGGCACCUGGCCAGGCACACGGCGCGGCAGCGCAGGGGAGGGACGUAUUUCGUCAGGUGCGGCGCCUGCGGCAGGAACUUCGACGAUCUGCAGAGCGCCCAGCAGCACUACCACGUGAAGCACUGCUUCCUGCAGAAGCCUGACCUCUCGGGCCUGGCCUCGGGCUUGGCAAGUGAAGUCUUCAGGUUCGCAGCAAGUGGGGCUUGUGUGGACAGAAAGCCCCACAGGCAAAAAAUUCCAGCAUCUCCACCCAGGCCUCAGGAACGACCACAGUCGCCUCCCCUGCAGGGACAGAAGGAGGAGGACUCUGAGCUCUCUGGUGAAGGUGGUGAACUUCCUGAUCUUGACUACCUGAGUACCAUGACUCACAUUGUGCUGGUGGAUCUGGACAACUGGGCAAGCUUAUUCACACAGCUGCCAGCUAACCUGAACCAAGGGACAUUCUUCUGGGGCUUUCAAGGAGGACACAGCAACUGGAAGCCUCCAGUGCAGUGCAAGAUUUACAAUUACCUUAAGAGGAUUGGAUGCUUCUUUCUUCAUCCCCGUUGUGGUACCAGAAGAGAAGCAGCAGACUUUGCUCUCUGUGUCCAUGCUGGGCGUCUGGAUGAGCACCUGCCCAAGCAGAUCCCCUUCACUAUACUGUCUGGAGACAAAAGCUUCCUGGAACUUGAAAAUCAGUUUAAGAUGACCCAGCGGUCAGCUCGCAUCCUAAACCCUCACCACAUCGAAGGGGACAUGAUGUGUGCCUUGCUAAACAGCAUUUCAGAUACCACCAAAGGUUCAGAUAGUGAAGACAAUGAAGAUAUUGAAGUAACCAAGCAGAAGAGCUUAGAAGAUGAAGAGAAAUGGCAAGAGCAAGAUGCAGAGUUGGAAGAAGCUAUCAAGAGAAGCCUGGAGGAGAUGUGAAUGAAGAUCCUUCAGUACAGUGACCCCAUGCCAUCCCAGCUGCUCACCACAGGGGAAGCUGGUUGGUGUAGCACAAAGGUUGGGAACGCCGCUUCAGACCCACGUCGGUAUCUUGAGUUGUUGGACUUGUGAUCUGAUGUCCUCUGCCACGCUGGGGAACAGCUGCAGUUGGUGGAUGUUUGCUGCACUAUGUUGUGUGUGACACCCAAGGAGAUUUCAGCCUUUUUUUCUGUCUCUAAGGGACGAUGGCCCAAGUCUCUCUGGCUUGGCUGUUUAAGUUGUUGCCUGGUUCACAGGCUGGUCUUGCUGGGGGGGUUCAGUUGUGUUCACCUUGGGUUUUUUAAUUGGUUCUUGUAUUUCAUUUUUCUGUCUCAAAAUGUCAUUGUCUUGAUUUGCUUUUCCAUGUGUUCUUGGGAGCAGUUAAUAAACUCCAGCUGUCUGGAUUGCCCUGGCUGACCUUGUUAAAAAGAGAAGCAUUGUAACCUGCACACAGGGCCUAACUCUUGCACCCAGGGCCUAACUCUUGCCUGUGGCCAGGCUCACCUUCAGUUUGUCUGUGGCCUGUUGCAUUCUCACUGCAAAUCUCAGGUUUGUUGCACUCCUGUUCAAAGCUGAGGGUGUAGCUCACAGUGCUGCUGGAAGAUUUGGGAGCUGCCUUUAGCUGCUGUCUCAAGCUAACAAUUUUUUCAUACCAAACUCUUCUAAUAAAGGGUGGAAUAAGACAGAACCAUUUUCAUCCUCAAAAACCAUUUCAGUCCAGGUGCCAGAAGCUUUGGGGCAGGCUUUUUGCCCCAGUGCAGAACCUAAAGCUG